AUGGACGAUUGCUUGGUGGGUGAAGACACGGAAGAGGAUUUGCUUCUACUCUGCCAUCAAAUGCAGCAGCUGCUAGCCGCCGGGGGUUUCGAACUCACUAAGUGGCAAUCGAAUUCGGAAUAUAUUAAUAGUUCCAUCGGUGCGCAUUCUGCUGAAUCAGCUGCUUGGCUGAAUACCCAUACGGAAGCAUCGGUUCUUGGUCUCAAAUGGAUGCCCGCAACAGAUGAGUUUGCCUUCGCAGUUCAACCCCUUCCAGAUAUUCAUGCUACGAGCUGGACUAAGCGUUCAGUCUUGAGCAUAACCGCACGAAUUUAUGAUCCUGAUGGCCUAGCAGCACCGUUUAUAGUCAAUGCAAAGAUACUUAUUCAAAAGAUCUGGAAGGAGAUGCAAGAUUGGGAUAUGAUACUAUCAGAUCCAUUGAAAACGGCCUGGCAGAACAUUUUUUCUCAAAUUCCACUUUUUAACAAUCUGCGCAUACCACGGUGGAUAGGUUACUCCCGGCGACUCACUAUGACGUUACACGGUUUUUCGGACGGGUCCACGCUUGCAUUAGGUGAAGCAGUAUACGUGACAAUACAUUCUGGGGCUGAAGUGAAAUCGAAUCUAUUACUAUCUAAAUCUAAGGUGGCGCCUCUGCGAGGAGAAACCAUUCCACGUCUCGAACUGCGUGCUGCAGUGCUGCUUAGUGAGCUUAUACAACGGGUAGUGAACAUUUGCAAAACUCAACAUAAUAUAAUGAUCGGCUCGAUCACGGGUUGGUCCGAUUCGAUGGUAGUCCUCUGCUGGUUGAAACGGGGCGAAAGUAGCCUAAAGCAAUUUGUAGCAAAUCGCGUACGUCAGAUCAAUACGAACACAGCUGACUGCGAUUGGAGGUAUGUACCCACGGAUAUAAACCCAGCAGACCUGAUUUCUAGGGGAAUGACAAUGAGGGAGUUGAUUGAGUCCGAACUUUGGUGGCAUGGGCCUGAUUUCCUUCGACAACCCGAGGCUAUGUGGCCAAACCCACCAGAAAGGAUAUCCGAGCAGGUCGAAAUGGAAGUUAAGAAUGAAUGUCGACGCGUAAGAAACCGCACAGAUCGGACCAGUGGUCAAAUGGUGGCCAAGGUCAACGCUAUAUAUAUCGAACAAAAGCCAUUAUUAGAGCGUUACUCUUCGAUGAAUCGAUUGAUAAGGGUAACUGCGUGGGUAUUUAGAUUUACACGGAACUGCCGAUCACCAUCGGCCGAAAGGCAGAACCUUCACUUAAGCGUCAAGGAACUCGAACACUCACUUACAUUUUGGAUCCGACAGGAGCAAAGCGACUUCUUUGGGGAUGAUAUCCGAAAGCUCGAGCGCUGGGCUCAGCACCAGCAACCGGUAGAGACCUCGAAGUUGUCCAAUUCAAUUGCAAUUUUGGCUCCGUUUUUGCAAGAUGGCGUACUACGGAUGAGCGGCCGACUGCAAGCGGCAGAUAUACCGGACGUUCAACAAAAUCCAAUCAUAUUACCAGGCAAGGGGAGAUUGGCCCUUUUAAUGGCACGCGCAACACAUGUCAAAUUGCUGCACUGCGGGGCUCAGCAGCUUAUAGCCGCACUAAGACAAAACUACUGGAUCCUCGGCGUGUGGUCGCUAGCGAGAUCAAUUGUCAAAUUGUGUAUAACCUGUGAAAGGCUGCGAGCCAAGACGACCGAACAGAUGAUGGGAAAUCUUCCGGCGUGUCGGGUGUGUCCAGCCCGUCCAUUUGUACAUACGGGAGUCGAUUACGCAGGCCCCAUACAAGUCCGUCCAGAUCGACGCCGGGGAAACGUCGUUAUUAAAGGAUAUAUCGCGGUGUUCGUGUGGGCACUGUCUGCAUCUAUGGAGUGA